AUGAACAGCAUCGGCGAAGAGUGUACCGAUUUAAAGAAAAGAUAUGAUGAUUGCUUUAAUAGUUGGUUUUCGGAAAAAUUUUUAAAAGGCGAUCAUGACGAUUCUGUAUGUGCUGGUAUUUUCAAAGUUUACCAAGAAUGUGUUAAGAAAGCUAUGAAGCAGCAAAAUAUUGACUUUAAAGAAAUUGACAAAGAUGUCCUAGGUACUGAUAACGAAUUUAAAGCACCGCCGUCAGGUAGUAGUUGA